AUGGGGCCGAAAGUUGAGGUCGACACUGUCUCAACGCUGAGACGUCGCCGCGGCCAAUUCAGGUACCAGGCCCAAGAGGCCCUGAAGUCCUUGCAGUUGACGGCGACCAGACAAGCAGCGUUGGAUCCUACCUCAUGGGAGUUGUGGCAGUGUGUGACCUUGGAGAACGAGCUCCAAGACACCCGUGCUGACGUGGACACAUUCGCCGAAUCUCAUAUUGCGGUUCAAUGUGCUGAGGGUGCGGUUGAGGAGGAGGAGGAUGAAGAUACCAAGAUCAUCCGGGAGCUUCGUUCCAAGCUACUUGUGAUCACUCGUGAGAUCCGGGGAAUAAAGAAUCAGUGCGUUGAUCUAGCAUCUCGUCAUGUUGUUGGAUCGCGGUCGGAUCCUUCUGUGGAGCAAGUUUCACAUUCGUUCCGGAUCAAUUCUUCACUGAAGCCUUUGCCCCUAACCAUGGAUGUGACCUUAGCAGACUUCUUGGUCUGGAGGCAGAAAUUUGAUGAUUUUUACUCAUCAAACAAGAUGGAGUCUUUUCCAGUGGCAGAGCAACGUGCUCAACUUCGGGGAUGUAUGGAUGUCGGCGUCAUCCAAACGUUAGCCCAAUACCUGGAUGUGGAUAGCGACGAGUCUGUCAAAGAUGUACUCGACAAACUCCAAGGUCAUCUGGCAAAGUCCAUCAACAUUGUAAGGAGGCGACAUGAAUUUAAUAGCCUGAAUCAAAAGGAUGGUGAAUCUUUUUGUGACUUAUUUGUACGUCUCAAAUUGGUCGGGAGUUUGGCAGAACUCAGAGAUAUUUCAUAUGAGGAACUCCUGACAUCCCGUCUGAUUAUUGCUGUCUCCAGUGAAAGUCUUCGACAUGACCUUCUUUGUAUGGACAAUCCAUCAUUGGCUACAGUUAAAGCCAAGUGUGAAUCUUGGGAAGCCGGAAACUAUAAUCUGGCAGCGUUGCGAAGGUCUUCUUCAAAGGUGAAUCAAACUUCGGCAUACAAAUUACAGAAGAAAGAACGUGGUCGCAGUAAGUCACGAGGUCGCGAUUUGAAGUCUGGCCCGUGCAAACAGUGCGGUUAUUCCCAGCACCUUGGGCCUGCAUGUCCUGCCCGUGGUCAGAACUGCAGUGAGUGUAAGAAGAAAGGCAAUUAUCGUAGCAUGUGUCCAGCAAAACAAAAAAGUGAUGACCAUAAGUCUGACUCAGUACGUGCUUCCAGUGUUCGGGUUAAACAGGUCAGGGCAUCGGGCUCUACCCCAACGGCCGUGGUGGGCGUGUCUACCCUCGGGGGACCCUCGUUUCGGACCGAGGUCCUUCCCGAUACGGGCGCAACUGAUUGCAUUGUUCCCUCUGGUCUCCUCCAAAGUCAUGGGAUAGCUGUGGACACAUCAGUAAAGGCCGUCAUCGAAUCAGCAAAUGGAACAAGACUCCGGUGUGAUGGCGUGGUCGAUCUCCAGUUAAGGUGGUUGAGUCAUCAAGCCAGGACAACGGCCUAUGUCAGUCCAGACACGGAUGUGAUGUUGGUUGGUUGGUCCACCAUGAUUGACUUGUCCAUGAUUCCGUCUUCGUUCCCAUUUUCGGAGAGAGAUGCCCUGGAGUGUGGAGUAUCUAGAUCGCUUGUGAAGAAGACUGACGUUUCCUUAGUGGGUGAUGCCUCGGACCCAUCCCAAGCGGAAGUUGAGGUAAUCCGUAGCUCGCUCAUAAACGAAUUUUUGGAUGUGUUUGACUCUACGACAACAUUCCAAGCAAUGAAGGGUCCGCCUAUGCAGAUUCACCUCAAGGACAUGACAAACGCUGAACCCUAUAUGUGCACAGCUGUCCGGCCUAUUCCUUAUGCUUUUCGUGAUAAGGCCAAAGCUGAAUUAGAGUACAUGGAGUCCAUGGGAAUCAUUGAAGAUGCAAGUGAUGAUCCCACUGAUUGGAUCUCCCCGUUCAUGGCCUUGGGAAAACCAGACGGAAACGUCCGCCUGGUAGUGGAUUACCAACAUCUAAACCGUCAUGUUCGUCGGCCUGUCCAUCCAUUCCCUUCCGUGAAGGACAUCAUGUCUGCGAUCCCACCUGGGAGCCGAUAUUUCACAGUGUUGGAUGCGACCAAGGGUUAUUGGCAAGUGCCCUUGAGUAAGGAAGCCCGGAAAUUGACCACUUUCUUAACUCCAUGGGGACGUAAGCGUUUUUGUAGGGCCCCCAUGGGUCUUAAUUGCUCUGGGGAUGAGUACUGUGCUCGUGGUGAUCGUGCUCUCCUUGGUUUGAGCAACAUCGUUAAAGUGGUGGACGAUAUUUUAGUGUUUGGCUCAUCAUUUUCGGAAAUGCAUAAUAGUGUCCGCGCUGUAUUGGAGAGAUGUCGCCAGCACAAGAUCACUCUCUCACCCAAGAAACUCGUGUUUGGCAAACGUGAGGUCCUGUAUGUGGGAUUUAUGAUCGGGGAGCAAGGACUCAGUCCUGACCCAGCAAAGUUGGCUGCCAUUCGGAAUUUUCCAAAGCCAUCGAAUGUGACCGAUCUCCGUGCCUUUCUAGGCCUGGUGAAUCAGCUGGGAUCUUUCACACCGAAUAUCACUAAGGCUGUGACUCCGUUAAGAUCUCUUCUUUCGACCAAGGGUGGAUUUACAUGGUCAGAAGAUAUCCACACGCCCGUGUUCAAAGAUGCUUGUCGUGUGCUCUCGUCAGCUCCAGUACUUGCUCACUUUGAUUCCACUCUUCCCAUCCGUCUGAUGACGGACGCGUCUUGUUUGCAGGGUCUAGGAUUUGCCCUCCUCCAAGACCAUGGCAAGGAGUCUCCUGAGUGGAAACUGAUACAAUGUGGUUCAAGAUUUAUUAGUGAUGCCGAGUCCAGAUAUGCCGUCUGCGAACUCGAACUCCUGGCCAUUGUAUGGGCCGUUAAAAAAUGUUGCAUUUAUUUACGAGGUGCCGAACAUUUUGAGAUUAUCACGGAUCAUAAACCACUCAUCCCGGUCUUGAACUCACGCACACUUGAUGCCAUAGAGAAUCCUCGAAUUCAGAGAUUUAAGGAGAAGCUCUCCGGUUAUGUCUUUACUGCUGCAUGGGCCAGAGGUAAAUUCCACUGUAUUGCGGAUGCACUAAGUCGUGCGCCCGUGGAGGAGCCUGAGUCGGCGGAGGGUCGUAUUAGUGUCCUCCCUGAUAGUCAUGUUCGUGGAACAAUUGUCAGCUCCAUCCAAGUUGGCGAGCUGGACGGUGACCCAGCCCUUGAUCUCUUCAAGAUGGCUGCUGAAGUGGACGAGGAGUAUCUUGCCCUGAAGGACUCUCUCUUAGACAAAACGAUCACGAGCAGCAAGUUGCCCGUUGGUGUCCGUCAGUUCAAGAAGAUAUUCUCCGGCCAUCCCAACCAAGAGAACCACUACAGUCAGAUCCGCCCCCAUCACGCCCAUUCGAGUCUGUUAGUGUGGACCUAUUCGAAUAUGGAGGUCGAACCUUCCUGGCAUUUGUAG